AUGGAGGACGAGGACUUCAUCCUGGCGCUGCAGCUGCAGGAGCAGUUCAAUAACGAGGCCCUGGCUCCGUCCUGGAGCGCUGAAGACCACGGAGACCACGGAGACCUGCCCUUCAGUAAGAAGCGGAGGUUGGGCUCUGAGGAGUCCUCGGACUGGGCUGUAGUAAACCCUCAGCCGCCUCUCUCCAUCGUGGACGAGAAAUGGGAGAUGCUGGACCCCAGUCCAGAUGUCCGAGCCAUGUUCCUGCAGUUCAACGACAUGUUCUUCUGGGGGAAACUCAGCGGGGUGGAGGUCAAGUGGAGCGCAAGGAUGACACUGUGUGCUGGUGUGUGCUCUUAUGAAGGUAGAGGUGGUCUGUGUUCAAUUCGUCUCAGCGAACCACUACUGAAACUCAGGCCAAGAAAAGACUUGGUGGAGACACUUCUGCAUGAGAUGAUACACGCUCUUCUGUUCGUGACCCAGAACAACAGAGACCGGGACGGUCAUGGGCCUGAAUUCUGCAAACAUAUGAAUCGAAUCAAUAAAGCCACUGGAACCAACAUUUCUGUUUAUCACUCCUUCCAUGAUGAAGUGGAUGUUUACCGUCAGCACUGGUGGCGUUGUGAUGGUCCAUGUCAGAACCGUAAGCCGUUCUUCGGUUACGUGAAGAGAGCGAUGAACCGAGCUCCUUCAGCCAGAGAUCCCUGGUGGGAGGACCAUCGAAGAACCUGUGGAGGAACGUACACUAAGAUUAAAGAGCCAGAAAAUUAUGGAAAAAAGGGCAAGAAUGAGGAGAAGAAGGAGAAGAAUGCCUCCAAGAAGCCUGCGAGCAAAAUUAUCCCAGCUAGCAGCACUGCAGGUUCUGGCUCUCAGGACAUCAGGAACAUCAUUCCUUUCACUGGUAGAGGUUUUGUUCUGGGAGGGAACACACAGCCACCAGCAUCCAUACAGAAACCACCCAGCCAAAGCUCCACACAACAGCUGAGAACUCCAGAGAAACCAGCUAAAACUCCUCCCACAGACACCAGACCACAACCCAGCUCAAACCAUGUUGAUCGGCGGGUCAGCACCAGCACUGUGACCGCACUUCCGAAAAGGUCCGUCAGCAACACCAAAGCCUUCAUCAACAUUAAUGGCUCUCCUGUGAGAAUCACAAAGGACAACAGCAACUUGAUAAGACCUAAACAGAGGACAGUGCAGGACCUCUUUCAGGCCAGGAGCCCGAACUCUCCUGAGAAAACACCUAGCAUUUCAAGUGCCUCAAAAUCUGCCACUGCAGCCACAGCAUCCAGCCAGCCCUUUAGAACGUCAGCUGUAGGUAGUGCCUUCGACCGAAAAGCCACUGGGCAGGUUUCUCGUGGUACAAACCGUACUGAAACUAACCCGUUUAACAAGAGUUCUUCCAGUAGCUCUGUUGGACCAAAGCCUGGUUCUACAGGGCCAGUCCUUUCUAAAUACUUUGGCAGCCCCAAAACUUCCUCAGCAGGUUCCAGUUUGCCGAAUUUCGGAAUCCAAAAGAAGCCAGAGAGCAGCACUAGCAUUACAAGUUCCAACUCGAGACACUUUGGAAGUGGCUCACAUGUUUCAGCCUCAACUUCUUCCAGGCCAUUCGGAAGCCCCCAAAAGCCAGGUGCUGCUCCUGCUGCAGGAGGGCGGAAGAGACUGAGAGAGGAUCGUAACUCUGCACAUAUCUUUGAUUUCUUUCAGAGGGAGGUCAAACAGUCCUCUGCAUCCGUUUCCUCCAGGGAGCAGCAGGAGGGGAGUAGGGCUGAUGGUGGGACUGCCCCUUCUCAAAGCUCCAGUGCUGUGACAGUGCACUGUCCUGUGUGCCAGAUCAAAGUGCCAGAGUCCCAAAUUAAUGUGCAUUUAGACUCUUGCCUUAGUUGAUAAAUGUUUAAAGGCAGAGGAGUGGAUGAAGUGUUUUUAGUAGUGUUUGAAUGUGUUCUGAUGGGUUUGGUUUUAGCACUUUGUGAGGAUCACAGAGGUAAUUGAAAUACAUAGUUUGUCUUUGAAAAGGAAACAUUUGGUAAAUCCCAAACAGCUCCCUACUUCCUAGGAAUGGGCAAUAGGGUAAACAUUAUUAUUUUAGGGCAUUUUUAAGAUAUUUUCACAUUACACGAUAUGUAUCGCAAUACACGAUUGCAAACAAAAUUCAUCAGUUGCGGCGCUCCUAAAAAUAACAAAUAAAUAAAAUACAAAUACAAAUUUGUAUUUUAAAAAAAGUUAGUGAUUUAUUUUAUUAUUAUUAUUAUUAUUAUUAUUAUUAAAUGUGCAAUUGGUCAGUGUUCUUUAAGCACUGAUGUUAUCCGAAAAAUACUCAGGAAAGUAUAAUAUGUAUCAUGAUCAUAAAACUGAUCAUGAUACAGUAAAAUAUUGUCAUAUUGCCCACCCUACAACUUUAAAAGUUAUGAAACUAAAACUAUGGCUCCACCCCAUUCUAUUAUACUUCUUUUUCAAACCUAUAAUGUGUCUUAUUCCGAAGCCCGAUGCGCACCUCCCCAGAAGUAUAACUCUGCGACGCAGACAGCAGCAGCUCUGAUUGGUCCACAGAGUUCCCUGCCUUUGCACCUUAAACAGCAGCGCAAAGCAGUGGUGCAGACAUCCACAUGUAGAGAAGUAUAAAUGCACUCCACUGCACAGGGCAGUUGCGUAGGCUACACCGUAGACAAUGUCUUCACUCAACACAGACGUAUUAGAGGCUGACUCACCCUCCUAGUGGCCAGGAGCACUAGUAAGUGGCUAGAUUAAUUGGCUAAGCUAAAUUGGGGAGAAAAAAAAUCUGAUUUACUGGGAUUCGUGAAGGUUACAUGUUUAAGUCAAAGACAGCAACCUUGUCUUGUAGGGUUUUUUUUUUCAAUUAUUUACAUUAUUAAUGAUAAUUUUGGGAUAUUUUAGUGAGGAUAGAUAAGAUUCAUGUAAGAGAGUCAAAUGCACUGACUGAUUUUCAGCACGUCUCAAAGCACAAAUCGGACAAAUUGAAGUUUUAUAGCUCACACCAGUAUAGCUCAACUCUAGACUUUGGAUUAGCCAAAUGGCAGAUUUGAAAAAUAUAACAUUUUACUCAAUAAUGAAUGGUGCACUUUUAAAAUAUUGUGAUAAAGCAAAAGGGUCAUAUUUUGGGUUGUUUUUUUUUUUUUCAAGCUCCCAAUGACCUUCUCCUUUUUCCGUUUAGAAAGCAUCACCAUUAAGGUAAAUGUGUUGGAAUUAGUCAGCGUUACUGGGAUUGCAUAAUUGGCAUCAGGCAGGUCAUUCACAUCCUCACUGCAGGUCUUGGGACGCUUUUGCCAAUUCAGCAGUAUUGAAUUUCGCCCCGCUUGCCAUUCACCUCUCUGGGUUUUAAAAAGUGCUUUGUUGUCUGCAAGGUUAGUCCGUACUGAGGACGUUUCCAUGUCUGGGUCAUCAAUAAUACUCCUGCAUGCUUUCUGUUCUUCAUUCUGCAUGUCAGUCACGUCCAUGACCGGUUCUCUUGGGAGAAUUGAACCUGUUUAAAGGUCAGCCCCGCCCAGUAAGUGUCUUAGUUUGCACAGCAUUUGUUCCCAGCCUAAAAGACUGAUAUAAUGACGUCUUGCUUAUAAUGUCGGAUGCACAAAAACAUUGCUCAGGUGACACCAUAUUAAUCACCUUCAAAAGAACCCUGAGAGGUGAGAUAAUAAGGUGUUGGGUGUCAUAGAAGAAUACCUCAAUAAUGACUCAUGAAUGCUGUUAUGUCAUUCCAGGGUGAACUUUUAGAUUGGGUUGUAAUGUGAAAGUGGAUGGUGUUUUUAAUGGUUUGGAAAAUGGGCAAUCAGAUUCAUUGCCUACUUUUAGAAGUUAGAAGUUUACAAAAGUGUCUGUUUGGUAACCUUCUUUAUGUGUUCUGCUUUUUAAAACUGAAUUUGAUGCUGCUACUUGUUCUAGAAUUUGUUAUUAUGUUAAAGCAUUAACAAAUGAUCAAGGUGCCUAAUUAUUGUAUUUUUUGUGUUAUUGUUUGAGAUGUUUGUCUCCUUUUUUGAUGUACUGUAAGAAAUAAAUGUUUUUUUUAAACUA